CAGGUGGCAACAUGGAGCAGGCAUAAUGCUAAGGUCAAUCAGUUGCUUUUAUUUGGAGAACAUAUCCUUAGUGUUGAUGUUGAAAGAAAUAUCUUCAUAUGGGCUUUCAAAGGAAUUGACCAGAAUCUUGCUCCAAUUGGACACAUUUUGCUGGAAGACAAUUUCAGUCCUAGCUGUAUAAUGCAUCCAGAUACUUACCUAAACAAGGUAAUUCUUGGGAGUCAGGAAGGUUCUCUGCAACUUUGGAACAUUAGCACAAAGAAGAAACUUUAUGACUUCAAAGGCUGGAAUUCAUCUAUAUGUUGUUGUGUUUCGUCUCCGGCGCUUGAUGUUGUUGCAGUUGGCUGUGCUGAUGGAAAGAUUCAUGUUCACAACAUUCGUUACGAUGAAGGGGUAGUUACAUUUAGUCAUUCUACUCGAGGUGCUGUGACUGCUUUAUCUUUCAGCACAGACGGACAACCCCUUUUGGCAUCUGGAGGUUCAUCUGGUGUCAUAAGCAUAUGGAAUCUUGAUAAGAGGAGGCUUCAAUCGAUCAUUAGAGAAGCCCAUGAUUGCUCUAUAACUGCACUGCACUUUUUUGCCAAUGAGCCCGUGCUAAUGAGUUCAUCUGUAGACAACUCUAUGAAAAUGUGGAUUUUUGACACAAGUGAUGGAGAUCCUCGUCUGCUACGCUUUCGAAGUGGGCACAGUGCUCCCCCUCUUUGCAUAAAGUUUUAUGCCAAUGGGAGACACAUUCUAUCAGCUGGCCAAGAUCGUGCUUUUCGUCUUUUCUCUGUCAUCCAGGAUCAGCAAAGUCGAGAGCUUUCUCAGCGUCAUGUGUCCAAAAGAGCAAAAAAACUUAGGCUGAAGGAAGAAGAGAUAAAAUUGAAGCCUGUUAUUGCAUUUGAUGUUGCUGAAAUUAGGGAGCGUGAUUGGUGCAAUGUGGUUACAUGUCAUAUGGAUACUGCACAAGCAUAUGUAUGGAGGCUUCAAAAUUUUGUUCUUGGUGAACACAUCCUAACACCAAGCCCAGAAAAUCAAACACCAGUUAAAGCAUGCGCCAUCAGUGCAUGUGGCAAUUUUGCUGUUCUGGGGACAGCUGGUGGUUGGAUUGAGCGCUUUAAUCUUCAAUCAGGAAUCAGCCGAGGAAGUUAUGUGGACAUCUCAGAAAGAAAAAGCUGUGGCCAUGAUGGAGAAGUAGUUGGAGUUGCCUGUGAUUCAACAAAUACCUUGAUGAUAAGUGCAGGAUUUCAUGGGGAUGUAAAGGUUUGGGAUUUCAAGGGACGUGAGCUAAAAUCCAGAUGGGAAAUAGGUUGUUCAGUGGUCAAGAUCAUUUACCAUCGUUCCAAUGGUCUUCUUGCAACUGUUUCAGAUGAUUUAAUUAUCCGUUUGUUUGAUGUUGUUGCCCUAAGAAUGGUACGUAAAUUUGAAGGUCAUACAGAUCGUAUCACUGAUAUGUGUUUCAGUGAGGAUGGCAAAUGGCUUUUGUCAUCUAGUAUGGAUGGGAGUCUCAGAAUUUGGGAUGUUAUCUUAGCAAGACAAAUUGAUGCCAUACAGGUCAAUGUGUGUAUAACUGCAUUAUCUCUGUCACCCAAUAUGGAUGUCUUGGCAACUACUCACGUUGAUCAAAAUGGGGUCUACCUUUGGGUAAAUCAGGCAAUGUUUUCUGGAUCUUCCAGUGUCGAUUCCUAUGGAAGUGGGAAGGAAAUUGUGAGCAUGAAGCUACCAUCAGUCUCUUCAGGAGAAGGUUCUCAAGAAGAAGAUUCUGACAAGCCGGUCGUAAACCACUCACAAUACCAAGAUACUUCUCGCACCCCAUAUUUAAAUCAGCAAAUCCCGGAUCUAGUGACACUUUCAUUAUUGCCUAAGAGUCAGUGGCAAAGCUUGAUCAAUUUAGACAUUAUAAAGAUCCGGAACAAACCAAUAGAACCUCCCAAAAAACCAGAAAAGGCACCUUUUUUCUUGCCUUCAAUUCCAUCUCUGUCUGGAGAAAUAUCAUUUAAACCUAGUGAAUCUUCUAAUGAGGAGAAGGACGCAGUAGCUGAUCAACUGGAGAAAAGCAGGAGUAGAACUAAUUUGCCAGUGUCCCAACUUAUGCAACUUCUUCAAACCUCCGCGGACAUGAAAAAUUUUUCACAAUUCACUGAAUAUAUCAAGAAUUUAUCUUCUUCAACUUUGGAUAUGGAACUUAGAAUGCUUCAGAUUAUAGAUGACGAUGAUGAGCAAGAACCUGAUAAGAGAGCUGAGUUGUAUUAUAUUGAACUGCUGUUGGACUAUUUUAUACAUGAGAUUUCAUGCAGAAACAAUUUUGAGUUUAUACAGGCUGUCAUCAGGUUGUUCUUGAAGAUUCAUGGUGAAACAAUUCGGCGCCAGUCAAAGUUACAGGAUAAGGCACAAAAGCUUCUAGAAAUUCAAUCAGCCAUAUGGCAAAGGGUAGAUAAAUUAUUCCAGAGUGUCCGAUGCAUGGUCACGUUUCUGAGUAACUCACAGUUUUGAGCAUCUUUGAGUCAACGCUUCAUCAUAUUUUUACUCGUUUUGGUUCUCUCGAAUUCAAUUACAUAACUGCUGGCAUUUGAGAUUCGGUAAAGCUAGCGUUGCCCAACUCAUAGGGUGCUGGCACUGCAAGACAUAUCUAAUUUGAAGUGAAAUCUCCUGUGCUAAGGCCCUUUUUUUCCAAGUAACACCUCCCAACUAACUGGGAGAAAAGGAAAGGUGGUAAUGGAUCGUACAUGGACGGUGGUUGGAGUUGGGUGCCUUGUUUGCUUAUCAUUUAGUCAUUCUCCAGCUCUUCGAAAAAGUUUAUAACUAGUUUUCUAUGAAGAUGUGGAGAUGAUAGCUUUGAAGAGGAAGAUAAACAAAAUGGGUGAUCAAAGUUGGCUUUUGAGCGCAAGCAAGACAUGUAAACAAACGUGUUAUGCUAGAAGUUGGCAAGAUGUUUAUGGUUUUUUAUCUAUUUUUUGUGUUAAAGUUAAGUUUUCAUACGCCCAAGUACUUGUGGAUUGUCUUUUUGUUGUGUUCCAAGGACAUCUGCCUAUUGGCUU